AUAUUCUGCUGUUUUAUUGUUGGUUCACUUGCUAAUGACAGUCAUUUUACGUAUUCAUUGCUAAAAGAAAAUUGAAAAAAUAUAUUUUCCCGAAUUUCCGGUUAGUCAUCCGCCCAAUCCGAUCUUCAUUUAGAGCCAGCCAAAUCAAACGCGAGAGCACAUCGACAUGGACUUCGGAGACGAUUUCGCUGCCCCCAAGGAGGAAGUCGAUCCCGCCGCCGAGUUUUUGGCGCGCGAACAGUCUGCCCUCGGAGAUCUCGAGGCUGAGAUUACGGGAGGCUCCGCCACAUCCGCUCCAGCUGCCACAACGGACGAUGGAUUGGGCGAGCUGCUCGGCGGAGGAAGCAGUAGUGCUGGCGAUGUCUUGGGCAGCGAACUUUCUGCAGCGGGUGGCGCAGGCCUAGAGUCCUCAACGGGCAGUUUUGAGGUCAUCGGUGGCGAGUCCAAUGAACCCCUGGGGAUUUCCGGGCCCCCUCCUUCGCGGGAGGAGCCAGAAAAACUGCGCAAGUGGCGUGAGGAGCAGAAACAACGACUAGAGGAGAAGGACCUCGAGGAGGAGAGGAAAAAGGAGGAGUUGCGACAACAGGCCAAAAAGGAACUGGACGAUUGGUUACGCCAGAUAGGUGAUUCCAUCUCGAAGACGAAGCUGGCGUCACGCAAUGCUGAAAAACAGGCUGCCACACUGGAGAACGGAUCUAUUGAACCCGGCACCGAAUGGGAGCGCAUAGCCAAGCUGUGCGACUUCAAUCCGAAAGUGAACAAGGCGGGCAAGGACGUCUCCCGAAUGCGCUCCAUAUACCUGCACCUCAAGCAGAAUCCCAUACAGGUGCAGAAGAGCACUUAGGAGGGCACCCUGGGCGCCGCCGCUGAUAGUUUUAAUUACGUACUCGCCUAACCACACAUUGAGUUGAAUAUGAAAAUUAUUAUUAAAAGUAUUCGCUGUAUAUUCCAAUUUAUGAUACAUAAAAUAUUAUUAUUGCUGCUGAAUCGCUGCGAUCAUCGUUUGACUAAUGAAUGCAAUAAAGAACAUGCACACAGUA